AUGUUGGUCUACAUGUCUCAGUACGUCGAUGACCGCUCCGCAUCGCCAGCGCCAUCGUCAAAGUCUUGCAACAAGUCCGCCUCGGUCAAGUCCAAGAAGGGCAAGAUCAACUUUGUCUCCAAAGCCAGUAUCGCCGUCUUCGACCCACGCCAUGCCAUGGGCAUCGAUACCGGCCGUGAAUGGCACGAGGCCGACUGCAGCAAGCCUGAAUCACGCUCUUCCUUCGAUCACGCCAGCCGUCGUCACGCUCGUAACACCGAGGACAACGACCGAGCAUACAACUGCACCACCAGCCCCACACCCGAACUUGAAGCCUUCGCCACAUCCGUGGAUGACGUCUACGCUUACGGUUCAUCUGAUGCAGCCCACCCUACCGAGAUGACUCGUCAACCUUCCGCUUCCGCUUCCGUCUUUGAGGACGACCGCGAUGUGCCCGAAACACCCACUCGGCGACGCUUUCUCCCACGCAAGAGCUUCGCUCCUUCCGCAUCGACUUUGAGCAACAAUAGCAGCAACCCUUCAUGCUAUCCCACAGACGACCUUCUCUUCUCCCUCCUCGGCACCCCUGCCAAGUCUUCGCGCAGCGCUGGCACUAGCGUCCAUUCCACUUCUGCCUCAAGCUCUUCUUCCUCGUCCUUUGCCCGCUUCUUCGCUCGCAAGAAGAAGGACAAGGCACCAAGCCUCUCGGGUCUCGCGUCACGAUCCACCCCUGAUCUUUUCGAUGGCGUCCCUCAGAGUGCUCCACCUACCACCCUUACCUUUGAACAGUCUGGCUUCCAGUUUUCACCGCAACGCAAAGGCUCGAAUGUGGCCAACUUGCAUGAAUCACCAUCUUCGCUCCGCACCUGUCCGGUCCGUCAGCCGGUCCGUCUCAUCCGCGAGAUCAGCCCAACACGCUCCUCAACGUUGGCCAAGAAGAAGAGUAUGCCCGCUCUUCGCCAGAUCCGUGAACACCAUAAUGCGGUCGGCGCUGCCCCGAACAAGUCCAUCACCUUUGCUAAUCCCGAGGAGCACCAGCGUUCCAGAAAGGCCUUGGCAGAUGCGAGAGCGCAAGCCGCCCUUGACGUUGCGCCCGCUCUCCUUCCUCUGCCCAGCUUCGACACCUCUUCUCCCAUGAUACCGAUCGAAUUUGCUUGGGACUCUAAGCGUGGCACCGUUCGCGAGAGCCAGAUGCCAACUCUCGGCUGCAACACUAGACCCGUCAGCCGUGUAGUUUCCAGCACUGGACGCGGUGUGCCCAGCCCAGGUCUCAACCCUAUUCGCCUGAAUGACCUUCGCAAGUCGACCAUCAGCCUCCGCGGCGAGACUGCCCUUCGCUUCUCCGACGGUACCAGGUCGACCCCCAGCAAAUCUCCACUAGGCAAGUCGGCAGCCUUGCCUGCUCAGAGCGCUAAGCCUCGAUCUGAAACCAGUGCUGCACAAAAGAGGAUGUCGAUGACUCAAAGAGUUGUCGACGGCUUGCUGGACCAGAACCACGGUCGUGAGGAGCCAGAGAUGCGAGCGCGAAGGUCCGACAUGGAAGUACGAUCGGCUCGCAGGAGAAGCCGCAGUGUCGAUGGACGUGCAGGUCCCGCACUCAAGCUUCACGACCUGACCAGCCCCCCUAGCUCCAAUAGCCAUUUCGACUCGGUCUUCCCAGCCUUUGUUCGCCACGCUCCCAUUUCUCCUGGUCGAUCCAACAGCCCGUUGUCCCGCUUCUUCGGCGACAGUGAGCAGGCCAACGCAGUCACACCUACACCCAGACAGGCUGCGUCAUUUGACACUCCCACUUCUGCCUCUCCAAACAGGACAUCUCCCUCUUCAUCAGCCGGCAGGAGCCCUCAACGUCACCCAUCGGCCGCUGAGACUCAACAGGCUAGACGCAUCAACUUUGCAGGUCAGCGUGCCAAGGCGGUUGCCGUUGCCAGCCCGUUGCUCCUGUCGAAAAGUCCACGAAUGGGCGGCCGAAGCACGACUCCCUUGCCUGUUGUCAACAUCAUGCCUCCGACUCCAGAUCUUGCUGCCAACGAGGAGAACCACGAGCGCCAACAGGCUGUGCUGCAGCGUCGCGAGAGCGUCGAUGUUCAGGAGGCAGUCAAGGCCCCGAUCGAGGCUGCCAAGGUCGCUCAAGUGGCUGCUGUGACACCCUCGUCUUCAGUUAAAGCUGACCCAACCGUUUCCGCAAGCCGAGACCUUCCUUCUCGCCAAGACGCAGCAACCUCCACGCCUGCGCCUGCACCUAUGGCAGCCUCUGUCCCAGCCAAGCCAGCCAAUGCCGCAACCGCCACGCCUGUGAGCCCCGAAAGCGUGUAUUCGCCCGCAUCGGUCUACCCGCCUGAGUCGACUGAGACCACCUUCGCGGCGCUCCAUGCGGGGCUCUUUGGCAGCGAUGAUUUUUCGACGAAGGAGGAGUUGGAGAUCACAGCUGACUCUAUGGCGGUCGAGUUGAACUACGUAGGCAUGCCUCGUACCGACAGUGUCACCAGCGAGCUUUCGGAGGCUAGCAGCGCUCGUAGCAGCUCUUCGGGUGCUUUCGCCUUCUCACGCAGCAUGUCCAGCUCUUCGCUCGUCAGCGGCGGCACUUUCAGCUCUGCUUCUAGCAACGCCAGCAUGAGUCCGGAGCGCAAGAUGGGCUAUCUGUCCAGCUCCACUUCGUUCGACUUCUCACCUACAAAAAUGUCUAGCAGCGCCUCGCUCGCAUCGAGUGCUGGCACCAGCAUCUUUGAGCUGGAGACUGAGAUGGCCAGCGGCAAUGCCGAUUUGACUGGCGCACUCGGUCUGGCCAAGCUCAAGACUCCGUUCCAGGUCAAAGGCUCGUCUGCUGGUGGUGCUCCGGGUCAGCCUAGCGCUUCUGACUCAAGCGAUUGCGACACUCCUACGCUCGCUUCUUGCCGUCAAAUGGGCACCACUGCUGUUGCUCGGGAGCAGAAGCCGCAGCAGAGCGAGAAGGCAGCCCUUAACAGGCAGCUCGGCCUGAGCAUGGAUCUCAGCGACCUUGCACAGGAGCUCGGCCUCGGUCGUCUCAGCCAGAUUGGUCUUGCUCAUCUCAAAGGUGUUGAUGCACUUGCCGAAAAGCCUGCUGCCAUAGCAGAGCCCACGAUGACGUUGGGCACCGUCAACGCAGCAUUUGUCAAGAAGGUCUCACCUGUCAAGCCUCCCAAGUCUUCGGCCCGGGCCACGGCUUCAGCUGUUACUGCUGUUGCCGCUGCUGGCACAGGGCUCGCUCGAUUCGGAGUGGGCAUGAACGAUAUUGCCUCUUCUGCCGCAAUGUCUCCACUUCCCGUGUCGAUCGCUGGUCGAUCGCCACAGACGCCUCCUCGCACCAAGUUGCCCGCUGUGGAGCCCACAGAACUGACAACAGCUGCAUCUGGUCGCAAGGUUUCUGCUUCGGGUGUACCCAAGGCUGAAGGCGGUUUUGGAUUGGGACUCAACUUUGCCGAGUCCCCCUCACCUCAGUCACAGCCACGCAAGGCAGCUAUUGCACCUGCCAGCUACAGCCAGCACAAGGUGCUUCACUCUCACAUCAUGCCCGCUAGCACACUUCAGUACUCACACCAGCCACCUCAACAACAACAGCACUAUCACCAGAAUGCUUACGAAGAGGAGGAAGCAGAGUGGGUCGGCGUCGCCAUGUGA